AUGGGGCUUCCGGCAGGCCGCAUGCUGCUUCUGCUGCUGUGGCUGCUGCCAGGGGCCCGUGGGGAUGUGCUGCCUUCAGAAUGCGGCCACUCCAAGGAGGCCGGGAGGAUUGUGGGAGGCCAAGACACUCAGGAAGGACGCUGGCCGUGGCAGGUUGGCCUGUGGUUGACCUCAGUGGGGCAUAUAUGUGGGGGCUCCCUCAUCCACCCACGCUGGGUGCUCACGGCCGCCCACUGCUUCCUGAGGUCUGAGGAUCCCAGGCUCUACCAUGUUAAAGUUGGAGGGCUGACACCCUCCCUUUCAGAGCCCCACUCGGCCUUGGUGGCUGUGAGGAGGCUCCUGGUCCACUCCUCAUACCGUGGGACCACCACCAGCGGGGACAUUGCCCUGAUGGAGCUGGACUCCCCCUUGCAGGCCUCCCAGUUCAGCCCCAUCUGCCUCCCAGGACCCCAGACCCCCCUCGCCAUUGGGACCCUGUGCUGGGUAACGGGCUGGGGGUACACCCAGGAGAGAGCCCUGGCGAGUGUCCUUCAGGAGGUGGCUGUGCCCCUCCUGGACCCGAACAUGUGUGAGCUGAUGUACCACCUAGGAGAGCCCAGCCUGGCUGGCCAGCGCCUCAUCCAGGAUGACAUGCUCUGUGCUGGCUCUGUCCAGGGCAAGAAAGACUCCUGCCAGGGUGACUCCGGGGGGCCGCUGGUCUGCCCCAUCAAUGAUAGGUGGAUCCAGGCCGGCAUUGUGAGCUGGGGAUUCGGCUGUGCCCGGCCUCUCCGGCCUGGUGUCUACACUCAGGUGCUAAGCUACACGGACUGGAUUCAGAGAACCCUGGCUGAAUCUCACUCAGGCAUGUCUGGGCCCCGCCCAGGUGCCCCCACGUCCCACUCAGGCACCUCCAGGUCCCACCCAGUGCUGCUGCUCGAGCUGUUGACCGCAUGCUUGCUUGGGUCCCUGUCAACCAGCAGCCAUGGAGUCCGGGAUCCCCCUUCCGCCAGUGGGGGCCCUGGGGGCUGUCCCAGGCAUGAGCAGGGUCCUUGGGCGCUGUCCCAGGCAUACAACAGGGGCUUUGAGGCCAUCGCCAGUGUGUUUGGUGCCAGGUCUGGGGGAAGGACCGUCUGCUUGGGUGGGGCACAGUCGGGCCAGCCUUUGUCCCGGCGCCACUCGCCUGCCCUGGAGGUGGCUGUUGGGAGCACCCCAUGGAGGAGAGGGGCUUUGGGGUCACAGACCUGCUCCUCCAGAGAUGCAGCGCCCUCCUUCUACAUCGGGGCAAAGAGCAGGGGAGAGUCAGGGGACCUGCAUCCUCAUGGGGAUCACGGCCUCAUGAAGGGGUGA